AUGCCUGCCGAAGUGAAAGAGAGUUCAGAGGGGCCUCCUCAGCUAUCUUUGUCUCAGGAGGCGAAAGAUAACCCAACUGCCAAUGACGAACUGGACACGCCCACCUCCAUCGCCUCUGUGAUGACCACGACCAAUGAAAGCUCGACAGAGACUGACACGCCGCAGCAGACGGACACUGAGGAGUCCAAGGCCGUGGAACAAGAGGGUGAACAAGCCCCCUGUGAGACACAAGAAUCCUCAGAGACGCACCAAGAGGACUUCCAGACAUCAGACACACCUGAUCUCACAACGACUCCAGAGGCUCAAGAUGACGCUCCUCUUGAGCGACCGAUUCCUGAAGCAAACAUUGAACCCAUUGAGUCUGUUACACCGACCAGACCGACCAGCAGCACUACCACAGCCCCCUCUCAACCUCCGGUGGUGCAGCAGUCUGGGGAGUCUCAGCCAGUGAACCCAGACAGGCAGAGCAGAGUGUACGCCCUCCCUGACAGCUACAGAGGCAUCAGGAGUGACGGAUGUGCAGGGUAUGGAAGCCUGUCCCGCACCACCAUCCAUGGCUACUGGCCCGCCAAGAGCUUCCAGGCUGGGGCUCACUACACAUUACCCUUCCUUAGGGACAGCUACGCUCCGGCAGGCCAUGGCAGCCAGAUAGAGGAGGACGGCCAAUGCGAACGGGGAGAAAAUCCUCUGGACAUGAAGACUGAGCACCCAGCUGCUGUUUACCCAACACUGGGGGGAAUCCACCAGUUCAGGCCAAUUACCACCAUGGAGCUCCUCAGGGAGCCCUCAAGAACCAGAGGUGGAUAUGAUGACGCCUUCAUGGCCCAGCUGGAGGGGAAUCUGAAUCCUUUCUUCCAGGCAAUGUGCAGAGCACAGACCCUGCAGUUCCCCCACAAACGCAGCAGCAUGGUCAGCCUUGACAGCAUCCGCAGAGACCCGCGCUGGAGAGACCCCAACCUGCAUGAGGUGAUCUCGAUGCUCAGCCACCCAAUGGACCCAGUCAAGUCCAAUGCUGCCGCCUAUUUGCAGCACCUGUGUUAUGAGAGUGACCGCAUCAAGCAGGAGGUGCGCCAGCUGAACGGGGUGCCGAUCUUGGUGGAAUUAUUGGACCACCCUAAGCCUGAGGUCCACCGUAAGGCCUGUGGGGCUUUGCGCAACAUAUCCUACGGAAAAGAUCACAAUAACAAAGUGGCCAUCAAGAACUGUGAUGGCAUCCAAGCUUUAGUCAGACUAAUGAGGAAGUCUAGCAGCAUUGAGGUCAAAGAGUUAGUCACAGGGACUCUGUGGAACCUCUCCUCACAUGAGCCGCUGAAGAUGAUGGUGAUCAACAAUGGGCUUCAAACCCUGACUGAUGAGAUCAUCAUCCCACACUCAGGAGGUAGGAGAGACUCAGCCAACCCCUCCAAACUGCUGAGUGCUGAGUGGACCACCGUCUUCAAGAACACCUCUGGAUGUCUGAGGAACGUCAGCUCAGAUGGGGCGGAGGCUCGGCAGAGGUUGAGGGAGUGUGAGGGGCUGGUGGAUGCGCUCCUUCAUGCCCUUCAGUCAGCUGUUGUCAACAAGGACACUGAUAAUAAGUCAGUGGAGAAUUGCGUGUGCAUCCUGCGAAACCUGUCCUAUCAUGUUCACAAAGAGAUACCAGGAGCGGAGCGGUUUCAGGAACCCCAUGGCAAUCAUCUGAUGAGAACAGUGGGACAUCAGAAGAAGAAGAAUGAGACCGACUGCUUUGGGGGGAAAAGACCCAAAGGCUUGGAACUGCUGUACCAGCCAGAGGUGUUGAGGCUCUACCUCUCUCUUCUCACCUGCAGUCACAACCACAACACCCUGGAGGCAGCCGCAGGGGCACUGCAGAACCUCGCUGCAGGACACUGGGCUUGGUCCAGCUACAUCCGGGCCACAGUGAGAAAAGAGAAAGGGCUGCCUAUUCUGGUGGAGCUGCUGCGCUCAGAUGUGGACAAAGUGGUGCGAGCUGUGGCUAUUGCUCUUCGCAACCUGGCGAUGGAUAGAAGGAAUAAAGACCUAAUAGGGAACUACGCUUUGAGAGACCUUGUCGGUAAUCUGCCAUGUGGGCAGCAGCACCCAGCGAAGAAUCUUGACGGAGAAACUGUGGUGUCUAUUCUGAACACCAUCCAUGAGAUCAUCACAGACAGCCCAGAGAACGCCCGAGCGCUUAUACAGGGCCAUGCAUUGCAGAAACUGGUGGCCAUCAACAAGUCAAGCCAAGCAGCCAAAGAGAACAAGGCAGCUUCCCAUGUGCUCCAGACAAUAUGGUCCUACAAGGACCUGAGGACUGCUCUGACCAAGGCUGGUUGGAACAAGAGUCACUUUAAGCCAGCAACUACUGGAGUGACUAAAAAAUCCAAGAGUGGAAAGCAAGGCAGCGAUGACAUCACCCUGCCUCUCAUGGACAAAAACCAAGAUGUAUACUCCAGUUUAGAGCCAAAUGAUAGAGUUGGAGAUGGAAAUGGGCCUGUUGUGGAAAGAGACACUCUCCAGGCGAUAAGUGAGAGAAAGCACUUCAUCAGAGCUGGCAGGCCUGCAGUGGGCCUCAUGGAUAACAAACCUCCACCACUGGACUCCUGGGUGUAAACACAACAACACAGCCAGCGAAGCCAGUUAAAUCCAGUAGAGACACUUUCCUUUGGUGAAAUACGGAUUUGUGCAAUUUGCUCAUUCUUGUACAGAAAGACAAACAUGUUCAAUUAAAAAUAAUUUCCUUUGUUUAUAGGGAAUAAUGUGCCAAACAUUUACAUGUAUUUAUUAUGGAGGUUAUUUGGCAAAAUAUUUAAUAGAUUUUGUCAUUUAGGAUGUUAUACUGUAUGCCUGAGACUCAUGAUGGAGUAUGUAUGACUUCUAAAAUAGCCUAAUUAUGCAAACUGUAGUAAAUCAUGACUCCAAAGAAUAUAUGACAUGUACAAUUUAAAUUUUACUGUUAAACAAGUAUGAGAUCAUUCAUAAUGCUUUUAGUUUGUCAAGCUUAAGGCCUAAAGUGACAUUUGGAUAUGUUGUUGUCCAUCCCCAUGGGUUCUGGGCUGAAGAAGAAUUAUUGUAAUAAUAUUUUUGGUCAGUGUUUGAGAUAAUUAAGAUUAGGACUACUGUCGACCUAGUCAUCAAAAACAUCCAAUUUAUUUGGAAUUCAGUUUAUUCUCGACAAACCUGCCAUUAGACUAGAUGGUGCAGUCAUAAGCAAAUCUUCCAUUUGUUUCAUGAUAGGCAAAAUGGGAUUGUAAAUGUGUAACAAAGGACUGUUAAUAUUCUAAAUGAAGGUAUUUAUAUUGUAAUAUUUAUUGUAAUAGCCAUGUUAUUAAUUAAGGUUAUUGAUGUGCAUUAGCUAAUACCGGUAAGUGAUCCUACA